UUCAAAUAUAAUAAAACUAAGGAUCAACAAUUAAAUUUUUUAAAUAUGGAAGUUGAUACUACAAAGCAGUUAGAACCCCAACACAAGAAGUACUCUAGCUCAAAAAUGACUGUCAGAGAGAAAAAAGUUAUCAAAAAUAUGGUCACAAAGAGGUCAAGCAAGAAAAGUACAAGGAAUAAAGAGAACUGAAUUCCCCUUGAGGAAGAUACUGAGAAGUUCCUUGAGUACAAUGAUAAGAAAUCUAACAGCAAAACAAUAUAUUUAUCCAAGGGUUAUUCAACAAACGAUCCCAAUAAUGACUAUAGUAGCAGCUUUGUUGUCAAAAAGAGUUCAAAUUCUUCCCUCUGAGACAAAGAGAGUUACAAACAUUCUCUAGAACGAGCUGAUUCUUAUCACAAAUAAAUCAGAUACCAAAAUACUAUCAAAUUCAAAACCUCAGAAAACCCCAAUUACUGCUUACAAGUCUAGCUCGACUCAUCGCAAGAGAAAGCCUCAAUCUAAGGUGGUUAAAAGAGGAAGUGUAAAAUCGUCUUCAAACUUGCCUCCCAAGACAGCGAGCAGACAUACAAAGUAUAAUAAUUAUUUCUCUCAUCAGUCGAACAACCAGCUGAAUCGGGUAGCUACAAAGAAUAUGAAUACUAUGAUCAAGGACAAUAUCUGUCAAGGUUCUCAUUUUAAGAAGAAUUCAAAGCCUUGUGAGAACAAUACUUCACGACACCUAAGCUCCAUCUCCUUCAGCAGCUCAGCUGCUCACAGAGACUCUUCAAAAAUCUCCAGCAGCUCUCGCUCUCACAAACCCUCAAAAAAGCCCAAAAAAUCCCUCUACCCCAAAUCCUUGCUCACCUACACCUCCUCCAACUACACCUCCUCCAACAUCAUCAAAAUGCUUCGCGCAAAGCAACAAUCCAGCACCCACCCUCCCAAAACUCCCUUCCCUCACAUCCCAUUAUCCACAUCCUCAAUCCUCCCUUCCCAGCCGCACCAAGUCCUAUACCCCUCCAGCACAGGUGACCAAAACCCAGUUCAGAUUUCCCAGAUUCCUUCCUACGCUGACCUGAUAGAGCUAUGAUGUGCUAGUUUGGAAGGAUUUGAGAGUAAAUUUCAGACUAUGAGUGGAGAGAUAAGGCAACUGUGAAGGAUUAAUUAUAAAGCAGUUGAGUUGUAUAAGCAGAUCAUGGAUGAGUUACUUGGAAGAAGGGAGAAGGGGAAGGAAGGGAUGGAUCCGGUGGUUUAUAAGAUUUUUGAGAUGGUGAAGGGGUAUUUGGAAAAUGAGGAUAGUGAUAUAAGCAAGUUUGAACGCUCUAUGCAGGAUAAUCUUCAAUUCAUUGAAAAAUGAGACGAAACUCUACAACUCUUCAACACUCUUAAAGAGACUGUGAAACAAUCUGAACAGCCCCAUACAGACAUCUCCUUCCACUCACCUAAGACCUCUCUCAAUUUCCAAAACUCCUACAGUCGCAUUCCCAAAAAUCAAGCAUGUAACAGACACUUCAACUCUUGAAAGCAAGACUUGCUUUUGAAGAACCCAAGCAUGGCGAAUUGUACUGAAGACAAGGACGGAAAGAGCCGGAAUACCAAUACAGGGGCCCUGAGUAGCAAGACUUUUGCUCAAGAAGGCAAGUAUGAAGGAUCUACACAGAUGAAAGACCAGAAUUCUGUGAAGCAGUUCAAUCAAAAGGUCUUCCAGAGUGCUGAGAAUUAUCAGAAAAAGCUCGAUUCCAUAGAUGAUAUUUUCCAAGCUCCAGUUUUUGAUAGCGGGAAGAAGGAUUUUGAGGGUCAGAGAAAGGAAUCGUUAGACAAGUCUAAAAUUCUAGAACCAUCCUGUGAUACUAAAGAAGAAGGUAUCUCAAAUGUAUCGUCUAUCCAUCCAACCUCUGAAGAAUACUCUAAAAUCAAUAAACUCCUCGAAGACCUCUCUGUAAUGAUCCUCUCAAGCCAAAAAUCCCAAUCCCUCGACCAACAAACCUUCGAAAACGCUAUGAUCAAAAUCGAAAAAGCAUGCACCCCUGAAACCCAAAGCUCCUCCCUUAUCCCCAGAAUCUACUGAACCCUAAACCUCCUCCUCAACCACAAAUAACCUGCCUCACCACUCACAGGGCCGAAACUCCCCUCCCUUCCCUCAAUCCCCCAAACCCCAAGAAUCCUCCACCCUCUAAUCCCCAAAUUCCUUCCAUAAAAAUCCCUUA